ACUCCAGCAACCCAAACAACGCACCCUCUACAUAACCAACCUCAUUCGAACAACAUCAUCAAGCACCGCCAAGUCCUGAAUAUUACGCUACCGAACAACCCUUCGAUAUCAUGGGUGGAUGGUUGAUAUUCAUCGUUCUCAUCCUCGCCGUCGGUCUCUCGUUCCUGGGAUGGGUGUCAGCUCCCAAAGGAGAUGACCAAAUUGUGAUCCGAACAGCCGUCAUCGCUACAAUCACGUGUUGUUAUCUCAUGUGGGCUAUCGUUUACCUGGCCCAAUUACACCCCCUGAUUCAACCUAAACGAGGCGAUCUAAGACCCGAACAUUGAUGCCGCUCCGCAAAUCAAGAAACCUGGUUCCAUCAUCUCGGCGGCCAACUUCCACUCAAGCUCUUCAAGCAUCACUUCUUGUCACUUCGAUCUGGCCGAUUUCAAGGAAUUAUGACUUCAAACUAGACCGAUUUCAUAACGGAUCCAGUCGGCAAGAAACAAUCCCUAAAACCUUUCACAUUUAAUUUUAAUCCUCCAAAAGCCCCUCGCAGAUGUGUUGCUACAAGAUGGUAAGCCGGACAAGUUCCGCCAAAUGAUGAAGUGUUUAUUAUUACCUUGUAAAGAUAGAGAGAAAAACGAGGAAAGAGUAUCUUCGUCAAAUUUUCAAACCCUCGAUCGCAAUCUUGCAGAGUCUCGCCAAAUCGUUCAUCUCUUUUUGAAAUAACAACCUAAGCCUUACUUCUAUCUGAAGCCACAGUACGUAGGAUCCAUAAGCAAGCUCACUCGAGCUAGAUGAAUGAGC